AGAUAAUAUUCUAAUUACUGCUCAUAUUACGCCUCACAGUAACCAAUCAGCUUCGAUAUCGAACAAUGUUAUUUGAAUAGAAGAUAUAAAAUCAUAAUGACGUAUAAUAUCGUAUUAUUUGUUAUCUAUUUAGUCUAUAUUUAUCGUCGAAGAAGAGAUAUUAAAUUGAAGAAAAUUUAUAACUGACAGCCUUGAUCUUUGACCGGUUACACUAUAAUUUUGUGAUAUCAACCGUAUGUUUUUAAAAACAUAAGACUCUUAAACUCUUUCAGUGAUCCGUCUUUUAGUCCAUUGUUUAGUAAGUAUCUGUUGAUCUCUCCGAAAUGUCUCCGCUCUUAAUUGUGUUACUUGUGCUACUCGUGGCGUACAAAUUAUACAGAUUCGCUUACGAUAAACCGCCCAAUUCACCUCCAGGUCUUAUCAGGAUUCCAAUAGGAGGAGCUUACUGGUUGUUUUUAUGGAAUAAUUACAAAUAUAUACAUUUGGCUAUUGAAUAUUACGCAAAGAAAUUAAAUUCAAAGCUCUUCAGCUGUUAUUUUGGUGAUUAUUUUGUGGUGAUCGCGAAUGAUUAUGCCAACAUAAAAGAGAUAUUAUCGAGAGAAGAAUUCGACGGCCGAAUUACAAACGCGGAUUAUAUAAAAGACCGAGCUUUCAAAAAGGAGCUAGGUAUAUUUUUCAUCGAUGGCCCACAAUGGCAAGAACAGAGGAGAUUCGCUCUUCGCUAUAUGCGCGACUUUGGAUUCGGUCGACGUCAGGAGAAACUCGAAAGUGAAAUCAUGGACGAGAUGACUCUGUUCAUCAAUAUCUUGAAAAAUGGACCAAUUUAUGACGGAGAAAAGGAAAUAAUAAAAGGCAACUUGGCGCUCUUCCCGGAUGUUUUAUUCGCGCCGUCAGCUAAUAACAUAUGGAAUGUAAUGUUCGGUUACAGAUUUGAUAGAAGCGAACAUGAUAUCUCGAGACAUCUCUCUCGCUCGGCUAUAAUGAUGCAAAAAGCGAAUGAUCCAAGCGGCGGCGCGCUCUUUCAAUAUCCGUUCUUGAAAUAUUUUGGCAAUAUGUUUGGCUAUACGAAUCAUAUAAAAGGAAAUUACGCGAUGAAAGGUUUAGAGCGUCAAAAAGCUACUCUUAGCGAGAACGAUGAUCGGGGCUUCGUUGAUAUUUAUUUGAAAAAGUUAAACGAAGAAGACAAGUCGCAUAAUUUUACAGAAGAACAACUGAUCAUUUUGCUAGUUGAUUUGAUGUUCCCCGCUUUUUCCGCGAUACCAAGCGCUAUUAGCCACGCUAUUAAGUACUUCAUGCAUAAUCCCAAAGUUAUGAAGAAAAUCCAGAGUGAAAUAGACAGUGUCGUUGGGACCGGACGACUCGUCACGUGGGAGGACAGAAUAAAUUUACCUUAUACCGAAGCGGCAAUCCGUGAAUCUAUGAGAAUCGAGACACUCGCCCCGCUCGGCAUAAUUCAUAAAACCGUGAAAAAAACUACGUUAGGAGGCUAUGAGAUACCGGCAAACACGCCAAUUGUCACCAAUUUGGCGGCUAUGAAUAAUGAUCCUGACAUGUGGGGCGAUCCCGAAAACUUCAGACCAGAAAGAUUUUUGAAGGAAGAUGGACAAUUAAGUAAAGAUUUGACACUCCCCUUCGGUUUCGGUCGUCGACUGUGCGCAGGGGAAACUUAUGCCAGAUAUAAUAUAUUCCAAUCGGUAGCCCUCUUAGUACAAAAUUUUAAUUUGUUUUUCGUUGAGGGUGAGCCAUCAAAUCUCGAGGACAAGGUAAAUGGCCUGAUCAUCAGUCCCAAAGACUUUUGGUUACGUUUAGAAGCACGCUGAUUUCUAUCUCUCUAUAUUCGAUAGAUAUAAAUAUAUAUAAUAUAUAUAUGUAAUUGAAAAAUUUAUACAAUCAUUCAAAGUGAAUUUUAAACUCUGAAACAAUAAAAAAAGAUUAUAUGAAUAAAAUUAAAGAAAGUAAUAUGUAAAAGUAGAAUAGUAGAAAAUAAAAAGAUCUUAGUAAUAUA